AAUGAAGCCUCAGGACAUCAGAACCGGCAGCCUGUGGAUCUUCGGCUACGGAUCUCUGGUGUGGAAACCCGACUUCAAGUACAGGCGCAGCCUCGUCGGAUUCAUCCGCGGCUACAAGCGCCGCUUCUGGCACGGGGACACCUUCCACCGCGGAAGUGACGAAAUGCCAGGAAGAGUGGUGACGCUCCUGGAAGAGGAUGACACGUGCACCUGGGGUGUGGCCUUCGAGGUGACCGGCUCCCAGAUCGAGGAGUCCCUGGCCUACCUGAACAUACGUGAAGCGGUACGAGGGGGUUACGGCACCCACAUGGUUGAGUUUGUCCCACGUGACCAGAGCCAGCCCUCAGUCCAGGCCCUGGUCUACAUCGCGACAGAGGACAACCCCACCUACCUGGGUCCCGCCAGCACGGAUGAGAUCGCUGCUCAGAUCGCCGUGUGCAGAGGGAAGACGGGUUACAACAUCGAGUAUCUGCUCCGCCUGGCCGAGUUUAUGAGGCAGAGCUGUCCUGGGGUGGACGACCCUCACCUGUUCUCCAUCGAGAAGGCGUGCCUCGCCGUCAUCAGGCCUUUACUGCUCGCGGCCCAGAAGUGCGCACCUGCUGUAAACUAAACCACCUGUAAACAUUACUGUAACGAGUACCUUCAUUUCAUUGCAUGAAUUUCUCACACACACACACACACACACACACACACACACACACACACACACACACACAACCACCUACUUAAACAUUCUGUUACUUUGCACUCCAGACCUCAUGGUUCAGUAAAGCCUUUGUUGUAAAAGGAAGUUCAUUGUUUAUUUUAAAUAAAGGUGUUUUCAACAUGCA